AUGAUUAAGACAGUCUUAGUGAACAUACCUUCAUAUAUUGAAGACUCAAAUUAUAGAUACAAGAUGCCAAAACCUUAACUUAAAAUUGAAGGUAGAGGAAAUGGUAUAAAGACUAACAUAAUGAAUUUACAUGAGAUAGCUAAAGCUUUAAAUUGUCAUGAUCAAUGUUUUGACAUUUAUUUAACUUAGAUCCUUUAAAAUAUUUGGGAUUCGAGUUUGGUUCCUAAACAUCUUAUAAAUUUAAAAAUGACAAUGAUGUGACUUGUAUUAUAAAUGGUGCCUUUUAAGAUGAUUAAAUAAGAAAAUAAUUGGAUAAAUUCAUUGAGAAAUAUAUUCUUUGUUAAAAAUGUAGAUAUCCAGAGAUGUAUAUGAAAAUCAAANGUUGA